AUGGGAACUCGAAGCGAUGGCGACAGUCAAGCAGCGUCCCCUAAUUUGACACCUGUGGCGCAGCGUUUUAUUCACAUGCGUGAGUUGGCGUGGCUCAAGACGAGGCUGGAGGACGUCAUGAGCAACGCCACCGAUGCGAUACUAAAGGAGGCACGAAUGGUGGCGUCGGAUCUGAGCGAGUGUGACUUCCUCGACGAUGCGCUUUUCUCGCGCACCGCUACCCAGCACGAUGAGGAUGCCGCCGACGGAAAGAUACGUCAUGAUGCCUGCGAAGAGAACAAGUGCGUUGGCGGUGUGGCCUCCGCAGGGGAACUUGGGCCGCGCAGGGAGAUGUUCAUUCUGCGUCAUGUCGCGCCGUUCCCCCUGGCAAAGGAGUACCUGGGAGCCUUCGGCAUGGACCGCAACGCCGUUUCGGCAGCGGCGGUAUCACAUGAGCAGCUAGUUGAUUUCGCGCGGUGCCACGUGCCGCGUCGCAUCACAUGUCAAAACAGCGACCUCACCAUAACUGUGACAGUGCGGCCAUUUGACCCUGCUGUGACUGGGGGGCGACUGGCGGAGAGUGGUGGUCCUUUCGCGCAGGCGCACCGCUGCUUCAUGCUGCGCUUCGACCUGCAACCGCAUGACCCCGCUGCCAGAAUUGAUGUGGUGAAUUCGUACUUUCUGCGGCUCGAUUUGGCGUCCUCAGAGCUGCUCGAGGACGUCGGAUACGUUCACGCCGCCCACGUAUGGAGAUUGUCCCAGCCACCUUUCAGGCGAAGGGACAGCAAUAAAGGCAGCAGCAGCAGUGGCGACAAUGACAAUGACAACGACAAUGGGAAUGGUUACACUGAAUCAUUGCCACGGUUUGAGUUGAGCUUUGUGAACCCAUCUGACAGCCCGAUGGUGAUGAAAGGAGAGUUGUACUACAUACUACGAACAGAUAAUGAUAAAACGCCUGCAUGUGAGUUGCCCAUACGGGUCGUCUCAUUUGGGCAUCUGCUUCUUUUCAAUGGCGAGUGA